ACACUUAGUGAGUGCUUCUACGGAGCAAACAGUGUUCCAGAUGCCAAGGUCACAUCCGUGAACAAAACAAAAGACUCCCCUGUUCCUGUGCAGCCUACAUUGUGCAGAUGCAGAGAUGCAGUACAAGCAUAGUUUCUUACAAUAGCCACGUGAUAAGACCAGUCGAAGUGCCAAAGGCCUGUGGCAUGUGCGGUGGAAUACUAUGCAGCGAUAAAAAGAUGGAACUUGCCAUUUAUGACAAUACGGAGCCGGAUGGGUUGAUGCUAACUAAGUGAAUUUCUGACAAGGAAAUGGUAGCCGGGAGAUUAGACCACUAAUGAACAGCAGACGAGGAUCCAGAAACCCAGUGGUGUGAGCUGGUGUGGGUCUGGGUAGCAGGGAGCGAGGAGACCCGGAAACGGGGAGGACACUGACUGCGUGUAGAAAGGGCCUGCUUGCUGGCGGUGACCGAAGAGGCCGGCCUGCACGUCUGCUCUAGCCCGUGCUGUGUAGCUGAGGUAGUAACUAUGCAUGUGUGCUGGCCAGCAAAGCGCAGGAGCAAGAGCCAUGGCCGCUGACGAGGUCUCUGCCGUCCCGGGAAGCGUCUGCUGGGCCUCCGCACGGGCGGCCUCCUCCCUUUCGUCUCGUCAACAAUGCAGUACCCGUCACCACUGGAUGAAGAUUGAGGACACGUUCUUUGGUCAACAACCAGAACUUCAGAUCUGCUGGGAAAGAGCCGGAGGCCGCUGCAACCACAGCUGAGGAAAAUGAAAUUUCCGUUUUACUGGGUGCCUUGUACCGGAAGCACACCACCUCUCGCAGGAGUCGGGGCCUGAGGGGCAUUGCGCUCGUCCACUGGAAACCCACGGUGAUGGCGGGCGACCCAACGUGACCAGAGGGGCCGCGCCACCUCCACAUGACGGGCUAUACCAUGUUGCGGAACGGGGGCGUGGGGAACGGAGGUCAGACCUGGAUGCUCUGGUGCUCCACCCGCAACCGGCUCACGUGGCUCAGCUUCACGCUCUUCGUCAUCCUGGUCUGCUUCCCGCUCAUCGCUCACUAUUACCUCACCACGCUGGACGAGGCCGAUGAGGCCGGCAAGCGGAUUUUCGGCCCGCGGGCCGGCAACGAGCUGUGUGAGGUAAAGCACGUGCUGGAUCUUUGCCGAAUUCGUGAGUCCGUGAGCGAGGAGCUCCUGCAGCUGGAAGCCAAGCGGCAGGAGCUGAACAGCGAGAUCGCCAAGCUGAAUCUCAAGAUCGAAGCCUGCAAGAAGAGCAUUGAAAAUGCCAAGCAGGACCUGCUGCAGCUCAAAAACGUCAUCAGCCAGACGGAGCACUCUUACAAGGAGCUGAUGGCCCAGAAUCAGCCCAAGCUCUCGCUGCCCGUCCGGCUGCUGCCUGAGAAGGACGACACCGGCCUGCCGCCCCCGAAGGCCCUGCGGGGCUGUCGGCUGCAUAACUGCUUUGACUAUUCUCGCUGCCCGCUCACCUCUGGCUUCCCAGUCUAUGUUUAUGACAGCGACCAGCUGGCUCUGGGCAGCUACCUGGACCCCUUAGUCAAGCAGGCCUUUCAGGCUACCGCCCGGGCCAGCGUCUACGUGACAGAAAACGCGGACAUCGCCUGCCUUUAUGUGGUCCUGGUGGGCGAGAUGCAGGAGCCCCUGGUGCUGCGGCCUGCUGACCUCGAGAGGCAGCUGCAUUCUUUACCACACUGGCGGACCGACGGACACAACCACGUCAUCCUCAGUCUGUCACGGAGGUCAGAUACGCAGAACUUGCUCUAUAACGUCAGCACCGGCCGGGCCAUGGUGGCCCAGUCCACGUUCUACGCCGCCCAGUACAGGCCUGGCUUCGACUUGGUCGUCUCACCCCUCGUCCAUGCCAUGUCAGAGCCCAACUUCCUGGAGAUCCCACCGCAGGUGCCCGUGAAGAGGAAGUACCUCUUCACCUUCCAGGGGGAGAAGAUCGAGUCCCUGAGGUCCAGCCUGCAGGAGGCCCGCUCCUUCGAGGAAGAGGUGGAAGGCGGCCCUCCAGCCGACUACGACGACCGCAUCAUCGCCACCCUGAAGGCGGUCCAGGACAGCAAGCUGGACCAGGUCCUGGUGGAGUUCACCUGCAGAAGCCGGCCCAGGCCCAGCCUGCCCACCGAGUGGGCGCUGUGCGGGGAGCGGGAGGAGCGCCUGGGCCUGCUGAAGCGCUCCACCUUCGCGCUCAUCAUCGCGCCCGGCGACCCCCGCCUGCUCACCUCCUCGGGGUGCGCGGCGCGGCUCUUCGAGGCGCUGGCGGCCGGGGCCGUGCCGGUCGUGCUGGGGGAGCACGCGCAGCUGCCCUACCAGGACGUGCUGCAGUGGAGCGAGGCGGCGCUGGUGCUGCCCAAGCCGCGCGUCACGGAGGUGCACUUCCUGCUGCGCAGCCUCUCGGACAGCGACCUGCUGGCCAUGCGGCGGCAGGGCCGCUUCCUCUGGGAGACGUACUUCUCCACCGCCGACAGUAUUUUCAGUACUGUGCUGGCCGCGGUCAGGACCCGCAUCCAGAUCCCAGCCGCUCCCAUCCGCGAGGAGGCCGCCGCCGAGAUCCCCCACCGCUCGGGCAAGGCGGCCGGGACGGACCCGAACAUGGCCGACAACGGGGACCUGGACCUGGGGCCGGUGGAGACCGAGCCUCCCUACGCCUCGCCCAGAUACCUCCGCAACUUCACGCUGACGGUCACCGACCUGUACCGCAGCUGGAACUCCGCUCCCGGGCCUUUCCAUCUCUUCCCCCACACGCCCUUUGACCCCGUGUUGCCCUCAGAGGCCAAGUUCCUGGGCUCCGGGACUGGGUUUCGGCCCAUUGGUGGGGGAGCGGGGGGUUCUGGCAAGGAGUUUCAGGCAGCGCUGGGAGGCAACGUCCCCCGGGAGCAGUUCACGGUAGUGAUGUUGACCUAUGAGCGGGAGGAAGUGCUCAUGAACUCUCUGGAGAGACUGAACGGCCUCCCUUACCUGAACAAGGUGGUGGUGGUGUGGAAUUCUCCCAAGCUGCCCUCAGAGGACCUUCUGUGGCCUGACAUUGGCGUGCCCAUCAUGGUGGUCCGCACGGAGAAGAACAGCUUGAACAAUCGGUUCUUACCCUGGAAUGAAAUCGAGACAGAGGCCAUCCUGUCGAUUGACGACGACGCUCACCUCCGCCACGACGAGAUCAUGUUCGGGUUUCGGGUGUGGAGAGAAGCGCGAGACCGCAUUGUGGGUUUCCCUGGCCGCUACCAUGCGUGGGACGCCCCUCACCGGUCCUGGCUCUACAACUCCAACUACUCCUGUGAGCUGUCCAUGGUGCUGACGGGCGCUGCCUUCUUCCACAAGUACUACGCCUACCUGUACUCCUACGUGAUGCCCCAGGCCAUCCGGGACAUGGUGGACGAGUACAUCAACUGUGAGGACAUCGCCAUGAACUUCCUCGUCUCCCAUAUCACUCGGAAGCCCCCCAUCAAGGUGAGAGCCCUGCGCCCCUCUUGGUGCCGAGCGCGCGUGGGGGCUGGCAGGAGUCAGAGCCGUGCCCGCGCCACCGCCUCAGGCGUCUGGGGCAGCCACGGCCAGCGCCCGGGCCGGGGUCUGCCGGCACGAGGCCCUGCCCGCCUGCGGUUGCGCGACGGGAGUGCAGACGAUUUGGAACUUGCGUGA